AAGUGCGCGCACGCGGGUGCCGGCGGUCUUCCAGCGCGACAUGGAAGGAGCCAGAGCGCCGGAUUGCUCCUUCAAGGAGCUCGUUUUGCAACUGGCCGAGGUUCAUGAGCGCAUCCUUUCCGAGCAGGAGAUCGAGUUGAAGUCUUUGCGGCGGCAGCUUGCAGAGUGGCAAGGCAACGGCGCGCAUUCCUCGGUACGAAAGGAAACCGAGGAUUCUUCCUGCGACGAGGCAAAGCAUGCGAGGCUGGCGCCUCACCCGGAAGGAGAAAUAGGCAACGGCGCGCAUUCCUCGGUACGAAAGGAAACCGAGGAUUCUUCCUGCGACGAGGCAAAGCAUGCGAGGCUGGCGCCUCACCCGGAAGGAGAAAUAGGCAACGGCGCGCAUUCCUCGGUACGAAAGGAAACCGAGGAUUCUUCCUGCGACGAGGCAAAGCAUGCGAGGCUGGCGCCUCACCCGGAAGGAGAAUUAGGCGGUGAGGGGCCGGCAACGAGAGCUCUUGAGGUUCGAGCUGUUUGGGAAGCUCGGCCGGUUCAGAGCCACAUGCUUGCGAAGCAGCACUCCAAAACGGAGUUGGGGGACGCUGGCCGUCGCUCCUCCCAGGACAGUUCACUCAGCCCACGCCCAGAGGAGGAGGCCACCGGCUGUGCUGUCCUCAUCUUGCCUCCCACUGCUGGUGUCCGAUUGGCUUGGGACGUGUUUGGUGCCUUGCUGAUUUUCUACGACGCAGUGGUCUUGCCUUUCGACUCAGCAUUCAGGCCGAAGGAGGGCGUGGUCCUGAUUUUCAUGGAUUGGUUGGCAACUGUCUUCUGGACCCUGGACAUUGGCUGGAGCUUCUUGACUGGCUACCACAGCAAGGGCGCAGUAGUCAUGAACCCAUGGUACAUUGCGCUUCAUUACACUACCUCUUGGUUCAUCGUGGACGUGGCAGUUGUUGGCCUGGACUGGCUCAGCAAGACCCAAGCCAGCAUUUCAGAAACCGAAGCCGGCUUCGGCCGCAUCUUCCGAUCACUGCGCACCAUGCGGAUGCUGCGCCUCCUGCGGCUCUUGAAGCUGAAGCGAAUUCUGGGAGUAAUCUCGGAGAGGAUUGACUCGGAGUACUUGUAUACGCUUGCCAGCCUGGGGAAGCUGCUGGGCUUACUCCUAUUGGUGAACCACCUCAUUGCUUGUGGCUGGUUCAGCAUCAGCCUCGCCACAAGGGAUGCUGGGCAGCCGAAUUGGAUAAACCAGAAUCAAAUGAUCGAAAAGAGCAUUUGGUGGCAGUAUACGACCAGCUUGCACUGGGCGUUAACGCAGUUCACGCCUGCUUCUAUGGAGGUAUUCCCUCAGAAUGAGACAGAACGAUCCCUGGCAGUGGUUGUGCUGAUCCUCUCUUUGGUUUCAUUCUCUUCCUUUCUGGCAAGCAUCUCAUCAUCCAUGGCGGUUUUGUACACCAUGGACCAGGAGACCAACAAGCAGUUUUGGCUGCUGCGGCGGUUUCUGAAGCAGCAGCAGGUUGCGAGGCCUGUGGCUGGACGAGUGCUGAAGUAUUUAGAGUACUCCUGCGCGCAACGGCAGGAGACCGUGCAGGUUGCCAGCGUCAAGAUCUUGGAUCUUCUUUCUCCAGGUCUUCGGGAUGAACUUCAGUACGAGAUGACCUACGUGAAGCUGGUCCACCACCCCCUGUUUGAGGUUCUGGUAGCCGAGCAGGAAGCUUUCAUGGUGAAGCUCUGUACAGUGGCAACCACAACGGCAACAUUUGCAGACACUGAUGUCCUCUUCCACCAGGGGGUUCCUGCGAGCUGCAUGUACUUCUUAGUGCGGGGAAGCCUCGAAUACCUGCAGUUUGGUGCCUUCCUGCAGCCGCCACUGAUGUCGGGGGAAAGUCUGGCGGAAGCCAGUCUUUGGUUGCCCUGGGUGCACAGCGGCCGCUCGCAUGCUACGGUGGAGACGGAGGUCCUUAUCAUAGAUUCCUCCAAGUUCUGCCGUUUGGCCGCCAAGUACGUGGAUACUUGGAACAUGUGCUCCUACUUUGCGCGCUGCUUCCGUGAUGAGUUCAUCGCGGGCGGUUCGGAUGUGUUCCGCAGCCCUGACUUCUACGAGAACGUCCGGGAUUCCAUGAAGGCACUGCAGGCGCUGGGCGACCGGAGAACGCGGCGCAAGAGCUGGAUGAUGCUGGCCACCGGGAAGCGCCUCUCAAUCUUCUCGACCGCACCGGUGUCCUCCCUUGCCACAUCAACGCUUUGGAAGGCACCACGCUCGUCCAUGACCUUCGCCAAAGACGACAUGCAGAAGGAGGAUCAUGAGAGGGCCGCUGCGCCUCUCAGCCUGUAAGAUCCGCGUCUUCCCACGUGCCAGCAAGUUUACUUUGGAAUGCGCGAUGACAAUCUGUCAUGCAAAGUGCAAUGUGCCAAGUCAUGCCGGACCCAAUGGUCUAAGCGACUUGCAGAGCGCUCGCCUUGGUUUUCAAGCCGAUGAGUCAUGCAAUGGCAUGACGCAGCUCGGCUUUCUGUUUUCCGCAGCAGGUGGAGCGCUCUAGAAAAGCUGAUUUUCAUUUGUGCCCAAAUCCACUCGCGCCAUUUCUUGCCGAACGGGCCC